AUGUCACUCAUACUAAAUAUGCCACCUAGACAGACAGACAGACAGACAACGGGAAGCGAGAAGAUGGGGCCAGUUGCCUACUUCAGCCUCUGUCUCCUCGGCUGCCUGAUCUUUAACCCCUCACUGGAAGCCUUUCCCAGCAAAUUCCUCUCUCCCCAUCCCAUCUCCUCUCUCGGAUCAGAAGUAGAGGUCAGGUCCUGGUCCCAUGGUUGGCUGAGUGGAUGUCCAUCACCGCAAGGGGGCCCACCUUGCCUCCAUCUCACUGAGACAGAAGGGAACAUGGUGGCCAGAUACAUCAGCAAGUCAUUCUCCAAGGAUUCUGUGUAUGGACUCCACAGCCCCCAGCAUAACCAAUGCUGGAAGUGGACAGAUGGAUCAUUGUAUCAUUACAGUGCUUGGAACCCUGGGGAACCAAACAAUGUGAAUAACGUUGAGUACUGUACCGAGCUGCUGAACUACAAGGGUUUUAAGAAAUGGAACGAUAUUACCUGUAACAAGCAAAAUGCCUACAUUUGCAAGUAUGGACUCUAGCGAGGGGAGUCGCUCGCCUGUGCCUGAAGGAGGAGCUCAGCACCUGGGAUGCAAAAGAACUGGGCUCCUUGGCCAUGAUCAGGCAACGUCCCAGACAUUCGGAUGCUUUGCUACUUCAAGGGCCAGUCCCCUCCCUCCCUGAGAGACCAGAUCUCACUUCCCCAACUGCAAACUCUCUUCCCCCAAGUGUCUCUGUACGACUUACACUCCUGCCCCUUCCCUCAAUGGCUGCAGACCACUACAAUAAUAAACUCUCCUGAGCAUGCA